GCCCGCGGCUCCGGUCUCGCUCCCGGGCUGCGGGUCAUGCGCUCAGCGCACAAAUAUAGCCCGGGCGCCCGCGGCUGGCGGCGGGGCUUCCGGCUCCAGCGAGUGGCGGGCGGCGGCGGCAGGGGCGCGGGCGGCGGCAGUCACGGUAAUUUUAUGCUCCCAACAUGGGACAUAAAGUGGUCACAUUCGACAUUUCUGCCAUCAGAGGCCUGUGGGAAACGCGCGUCAAGAAGCACAGAGCUUGGCAGAAGAAGGAGGCAGAGAGACUGGAGAGAAGCGCCUUGGAAAAGAUAAAGGAGGAGUGGAGCCUCGUGGCCGAGUGCCGCCGAAGAGGCGUCCCCCAGGCCGCCUGCUGCAGGAACGGCUUCGUGGACACCAGCGUGCGGCUGCUGGACAAGCUCGAGAGGAACCUGCUUCUGCGGCAGAGCUCGCCUUCCGAGGGCAGGGGCAAAGGCAGCAGCAAGUUUGUGUUUGAGCUUUCAGGAGAGCACUGGACGGAGCUCCCCGACUCCUUGAAGGAGCAGACGCACCUGAAAGAAUGGCACAUAAGCCAUACCCUGAUUGAAACCAUUCCUGCCUAUAUCAAGCUCUUCCAAGCGAUGAGAAUUCUGGAUCUGCCAAAAAACCAGCUCUCCCAUCUUCCGGCUGAAAUCGGCUGUUUGAAGAACCUUAAAGAACUCAACGUGAGUUUCAACCAUCUGAAGAGCAUUCCUCCAGAAUUGGGAGAGUGUGAAAAUCUCGAGAAACUGGAUUGUUCUGGAAAUCUAGAAUUAACUGAGCUCCCCUUUGAAUUAAGUAAUUUGAAGCAAGUUACAUUUGUAGAUAUCUCAGCAAACAAGUUUUCCAGUGUCCCCAUCUGUGUCCUGAGGAUGUCCAGUUUGCAGUGGUUGGAUAUCAGCAACAAUAGCCUGAAUGACCUGCCACAAGAUAUAGACAGGCUCGAGGAGCUGCAGACGUUUCUCCUGUACAAGAACAGGCUGACCUACCUUCCCUAUGCCCUGCUCAACCUGAAGAAGCUCACCUUGUUGGCUGUCAGUGGGGACCAUUUGGUGGAGCUCCCGACGGCCCUCUGUGACUCGUCCACACCUUUAAAAUUUGUAAACCUUAUGGACAAUCCCAUUGAUAAUAUUCAGCGUCAAGAUGGUGAAGAAAUGAUGGAAAGUGAACAAGAUCGUCAACACUUUGAUAAAGAAUUUAUGAGAGCCUAUAUUGAAGAUCUUAAAGAAAGAGAAUCUGUUCCCAGCUAUACCACCAAAGUGUCUUUUAGCCUUCAGCUCUGAUGCCAUCCAUCAGAAGACCUCAGAAUCUCCCUGUCUGUGCAGCUGCGAAUCUUCGUGCUGUGGGCCCUGUCAUCUGGGAGUGAUGGCUUGUGCUUAAGCAGCAAGCCUAAAAACCAUGGCCGUAACUUCGGGGAAAUGACUUUCAAAUUCCAAGUGUAUGAAUACUUCUCUCUGUGGACUGGGGAAUUGAUCAAUGGGUUUAUAGAUUGAUAUUUAAAGGCUCAUUUGCAUACACUUGUUUCCAAAUAAUGCACAUUUAAUAGUUUAGAAAUGCAUUUUUUUUUUAAUUGUAACUUAGACCAAAUUCUGAAGUUGUGUUGUUUUCAGGCAUCAAGGGAUAGAGGGUCAGUGAAAGAGCAUUUCUAUUGGAUGAAUCCAGAUCAGAGUUUAUUUUAUUUUGUGAUUUUGAAGGAGUUUUAAUGCAUCAUUUCUUUUACUGAGAAUAAUUGUCCUUGGAUUUAUACAAAUUUCUAUUCCCGUAUGUUUUAAAUUGCGAGUGUGGGUGUGGGGAAGCACAGGACUUGGUUGGAAAAUUUGUAAGGAGGAAGCUCCAAAAGGUCAGAACCUCCGGGGGGAGUUGGCUGAAGGCGUCCGCCCCUGCUUUGACUUUUCCAAACAAGUCUGAGCCCCCCGUGUUUACUGGAAUCUUUAUGCUUCAUCUUUAGAUGUCCUUACGUAAAGGACACAGUGUCUUCUCAAGGAUGCUACCCUGCUGAUAGUAUCUAAUAGUUAAUUUUAGUUCAAGCUGUUGUUACAAUAAAAGCCUGAGGAGGUAGGCAAACGGGGCUGUUUGGUUUCUCCAGCCAAGCAGUCCCUUAGCCCUCUCUUUCACAGCAA